AUGCAGGCCGAGCAAAGACUUCGUCUCUUCCACGACCUAUGGUUAGAGGACCCGGAGCAAUACUUCUCAGGAGAGGAGUUGAUACGUAUUCAACAGCUUCUUCGUGGCAUAAGAGAUUUUGAGGCUGGACGGGUUCAAGAAUCAAUAGAAGCUCAAGGCCAGACGGAAUCCGCUACCUGGGAUCUAGACAAGGAGUUUGAGCUCUUCGCUGACAGAGAAUUACGACCAAGUGGACCGCCUGGUGACCCGCUCGGAGCAUCUGUUGCCUGUCAUCUUUUCAAUCCAACGUUCAGUGUCGGCGACCCCUGCUAUCAAGAAACGCAAGACCUAUCGAACGCUUCUAUUUCCCAGAUCCACAAAGCUGGAUUCUCGGCGGAAAACAAUUGCUUGUUGUUGGAUCAUUUCGCUCGACGGGACGACAGCAAAUACUGCGCCAAUGUAUACUCUGAGGAGAUCUCGGAGAUACAUGAGGCGUUUGUGUUUGGCCUACGGUCAGCGAUGAAGGCCGUUGUCGAAAUUUGCUGGGGUGCCAACGUACGAUCACGAAUGAAGCAGUAUCCCGGUAUUAACCUCGUGCCCCUACCACUCUGGGGAAGUUACGCAGGCUUGGUCCUGUAUCUGGAAAUGAAAGCCAAUGUUUUUCAGCGCUUCAUCAUAUUCGUUUCGCAUCCCCAACAAUUCAUGUAUGUGCAAAGCAAUGGAGAGAGGGGUCAGAAUUGGCGACAUCGUUUUGGUCUCCCACAGGAUCGAGCGCUAGAACUUGCGGCUCGCUUAGGUGGUAUUCAAAUUACACCUAACUUCUAUCAGCUGGACCCUCGACUGAUUGCAAACCUUCGCUUGACACGUGAGGUGAAGAAUCAGAGAGAUAUCUGGAAAGGCCAAGCAUUAGCCCAACUCAAAACAGCAUUCCCAAAUUCCGAGUUUCCCUCCUACCAAACACGACUCAAACCUGCACGUCGGGGCUUGCAAUAUCUCCAUGCUACAAGUGAAGAUCUAUCAGCAGCUACACAGGUAUUCGAGCUUGAAAAAUUGCCAAAAUCAGGCCAAACUUUAGAUCUCCCUCGUCUCAGGUGUGAGACCAAUGAUGAAACCUUGAGGAACGUUCGCCUACAGGAAAUAGCAGAAUACUGGUGUGAAUUAGGGCAAUUGAGCCUAGCUUUCGCUUCUCCAAUCAGUGAAGUCAUUCGAGCAUCGGAAAUCAACCUCCAUAAUAUCUGCCUGUUCCAAAAGGUACUCACUUGCUAUCACCAAGAGACGGAGUCGGAAUGCUAUGACUUCGAGGACUUGCCGCACCCUUUAGUUGAGUUUCUACAAGCCCAAGACGGCCUCAGAUUCGACAAGUCCCCAAUAUCUUCUAGGGAUGGACUUGAGACUGCUUUUUGGCUCUUGGAAAGGUGCAAGGGUAAUCCGAAAGAGCUAAAUGUGCUCGUUCUCGCAAUUUCCGUUCUGGCCGCUUACGGCUGGAUGAUUGCUCGCUCGAGAAGACCGAGUGUGGAUGAUUUGCUCAUUCUUCGGGCAUCACCGAACAACAUUGUUCCGCGAAAAUGUGGUUCAUGUCAGAGGCCAUACCUUGACGAUCCAUAUGCAUACUGGGCAAAGUUCUCACCGGAACGCAAAUUAUGGAGGGGAUUUCGUGACGUUCCAGGAUUUAACAUCACCGAAUAUCCCCGAAGACCAGAUAUCUAUUUCAAGAAGGGCCUCAGUAUCGCCACCAGAGUCGCAUGCCUCAUUGAGGCGCGGAAGUUACUCGGACAGAAGAGGAAAGCAGACGAAAUAGAGGUUUAG